AGCUGGAGGAGUUUGUGGGAAGACAGGCACUAGGAAUACCAGACUUUGCUGAAACUCUGCCUAUAUCUCAAGCAUUCAAUGCAUGCUUCGCUCGAAACUCGGUAUUUAUUUCUAGCACAUUAACCCUGUUUAAAACCAACGUUUUCCAAAUAACUUAAUUCUCAGCACCGAAUUUUUGAAGAUGCAUUGGAGCAGCUGGCAUUGCAACGUCUUUUACAAGGCAAUUUAGAAGAGGUCUCUUGUGAUAACCUGCAUCUGUACGUGAGAUCUCUAAAAAUGCAACCGCGUGAUCCCUAAACCCAUUGCUCGAAUUCCUUGCUUUGCUCUUCCUUGGCACUGAACACGAUUGGAGCUCUCAGGCUUGUGAAAGGACAAAAAGCAAAUGGUUUAUUAUUUUAAUUUCAGAUGGAUUAUAACAGGUUUGAUUCCGGUAAAAAAUCGUGAGACUGUGUACAUGGGAACGACGUUUCAGAUGUGCUGGUGAAUAGCUGCAGAGUUAAAACCAGGAGGUGCCCUCCGAGAAACUUCAGAGCCAAAAGCAAAAUUCUUAAGUGACAUCUAAUUGCUGUCAGUGAUCACUGAAAUCCUGCCUACAGGGGGAACGGGCUCCUAUCUGUAUUAUCUUCCUACUAAACAUCAAAGCUAGUGAGUUGGGAAUGAUUUGCUGACAUGGAGGGAGCCCUCUGGUUUAUUUAAUAGUAAAUAAUUUGAGAGGAAAAUAUGAAGUUGUCCUUCGCCACCCAGCGUUCAUUUAAUCCAGACUCUCUGCAGCAGCAGCUAGCUGAUAAAUGAUUGAAGGGGAGGACAUUUAUCACCUUUGCAAAUGCGUGUGCUGCAGCCACAAUCGAUCCAUCUGAGGCUGAGUAUUUAAUGAAAAACAAAUAAACGACUUUUGACUACCUUUAAUUGCAACUUUAGCAGUGACAAUACGAGAUGCAGUCCUUAGAUAAAGCAGGCAUUGAGCAGCACUGGAUUUUGCAGCGGGAGUGAUUUUGCAAGUCAGUUUGCUGUUUUACCUUCGCUGGGAAUACACUGCCCUAACCACUUUUUCUUGUUCACAUUCUGACCCAACUGUGCAAAUACAAUCGAACCUGUACUAUUAAAGGAGUCACGACAUCCACACUGAGGGGCAUUAUGUUAACUUGUUUUCUUUUAUCGGCCUUCAGUCUUAAUACUCGUUUAUAAUCUUUGAAACGCACAUUUGUACCACUUUGUUGUUAUUUCUACGUCUUCAUUUUUGGGAUGCAUUGCAGCAGUAUUUGGAAGAAGAUGUGCGUGCUGGGAUUGUGGAAGGUCUCUCUGUCACUGGGUUUGCUGCUGGGUGGACUGGCCGAAGUGACGCCGCAGUCUUGCCCAGCUCAGUGCUCUUGUUCGGGGACAACAGUAGACUGUCAUGGGCUGGCGCUGCGGAGUGUGCCGAGGAAUAUCCCACGCAACGCAGAAAGGCUGGAUCUAAAUGCUAAUAAUUUAACAAGAAUCACCAAGAUGGACUUCAGCGGAUUAAAGUAUCUCCGAGUUUUACAGCUCAUGGAGAACAAGAUUACAACUAUUGAAAGGGGAGCCUUCCAUGACUUGAAAGAGUUGGAAAGACUGCGUCUCAACAAAAAUAGCCUACAGACUCUUCCAGAAUUACUUUUCCUGGGGACACCAAAGCUCUACAGACUUGACCUCAGUGAAAAUCAAAUUCAGGCAAUUCCAAGGAAGGCAUUUCGUGGAGCAGUUGAUAUUAAAAAUUUGCAGCUGGAUUACAACCAGAUCAGCUGCAUUGAAGAUGGGGCUUUCCGAGCAUUGCGUGAUCUGGAGGUGCUCACACUUAAUAAUAACAACAUCACACGGCUUUCAGUGGCAAGUUUCAACCACAUGCCCAAACUCAGAACCUUCCGACUUCAUUCUAACAACUUGUUCUGCGACUGCCACAUGGCCUGGCUCUCUGACUGGCUUCGGCAAAGACCACGUGUUGGCCUCUACACCCAGUGUGUUGGUCCCUCUCAUUUGAGGGGACACAAUGUUGCAGAGGUGCAGAAGAGGGAGUUCAUCUGCUCAGGUCAUCAGUCUUUCAUGGCAUCCUCCUGUAGUGUUCUGCAGUGCCCUGCGUCCUGCACGUGUAGCAAUAACAUUGUAGACUGUCGUGGGAAGGGACUACCAGAGAUUCCAACCAACCUUCCUGACACCAUUACUGAAAUUCGCCUAGAACAAAAUUCAAUCAAGGUCAUCCCUCCUGGUGCUUUCUCACCAUACAAGAAGCUUCGAAGAAUAGACUUAAGCAAUAACCAGAUAAAUGAGAUUGCUCCAGAUGCAUUCCAGAGUCUGCGUUCACUCAACUCACUAGUAUUAUAUGGGAAUAAAAUUACAGAACUACCAAAAGGUCUAUUUGAGGGACUUUUCUCCUUGCAGCUGUUAUUGCUAAAUGCCAACAAGAUUAAUUGUUUGCGAGUAGAUGCCUUUCAGGACUUGCACAACUUGAACCUUCUCUCUUUGUAUGACAACAAACUACAAACUAUUGCAAAAGGCACGUUCGCUCCACUUCGAGCCAUUCAGACUUUGCAUUUGGCUCAGAACCCAUUUAUCUGUGACUGCCAUCUGAAGUGGUUGGCGGAUUAUCUACAUGCAAACCCCAUUGAGACUAGUGGUGCCCGUUGCACAAGCCCCCGCCGUCUUGCAAACAAAAGGAUUGGCCAGAUCAAAAGCAAGAAAUUCCGUUGCUCAGCUAAGGAACAGUAUUUCAUUCCAGGUACAGAGGACUACAGAUCCAAGCUCAGUGGAGACUGCUUUGCAGACCUUGCUUGUCCUGAAAAAUGCCGCUGUGAAGGGACAACUGUUGACUGCUCAAAUCAAAAGCUUAGCAAAAUCCCAGAUCAUGUCCCACAGUACACUGCAGAAUUACGUCUCAACAACAAUGAAUUUACAGUGCUGGAAGCAACUGGAAUCUUCAAGAAGCUUCCCCAACUUCGUAAAAUAAAUCUAAGCAAUAACAAGAUCACAGAUAUUGAAGAGGGGGCUUUUGAUGGAGCAUCUGGCGUAAAUGAAGUACUGCUAACAAGUAACCGCCUAGAAAGUGUACAUCACAAAAUGUUCAAAGGACUGGAGAGUCUCAAGACUUUAAUGCUAAGAAGCAAUCGUAUUAGCUGUGUGGGAAACAACAGCUUCACCGGCUUAAGCUCCGUUCGUUUGCUGUCCCUUUAUGAUAAUCAGAUUUCCACAAUUGCUCCAGGUGCCUUUGACACGCUACAUUCACUUUCUACAUUGAAUCUUCUGGCAAAUCCUUUUACUUGUAAUUGCCAUUUGGCCUGGCUAGGUGACUGGUUGAGGAAGAAACGUAUUGUAACAGGAAAUCCUCGUUGUCAGAAACCAUACUUCUUAAAGGAGAUUCCAAUUCAAGAUGUAGCUAUACAGGACUUCACCUGUGAUGAUGGCAAUGAUGAAAACAGUUGCUCUCCCCUGGCUCGAUGCCCUGCAGAAUGUACUUGCCUAGACACCAUUGUCCGUUGCAGCAACAAAGGUCUAAAGGCCUUACCCAAAGGCAUCUCCAAAGAUGUGACUGAGCUAUAUUUGGAUGGAAAUCAGUUCACACAAGUCCCUAAAGAACUCUCUAAUUACAAGCAUUUAACUCUCAUUGAUUUAAGUAACAACAGAAUCAGCACACUUUACAACAACAGUUUUAGCAACAUGACCCAGCUUCUUACUCUAAUCCUUAGCUAUAAUCGUCUCAGAUGUUUACCUGUCCGGACUUUUGAUGGUUUAAAGUCACUGAGAUUACUGUCUCUACAUGGUAAUGACAUAUCUGCUGUUCCUGAGGGAGCUUUUAGUGACCUUUCUGCGCUGUCACACCUAGCUAUUGGAGCAAAUCCUCUGUAUUGUGACUGUAAUAUGCAGUGGCUAUCUGACUGGGUGAAGUCUGAAUAUAAAGAACCAGGAAUAGCUCGUUGUGCUGGGCCUGGAGAUAUGGCCGAUAAGCUGCUACUCACCACACCAUCUAAGAAAUUCACUUGCCAAGGACCAGUAGAUACUAACAUUCUAGCUAAGUGUAACGCUUGUCUGUCCAAUCCCUGUAAAAAUGACGGAACAUGCAGCAAUGACCCAGUAGAUUACUACAGAUGUGUAUGUCCAUAUGGCUUCACGGGCCAGGAUUGUGACACACCAAUCCAUGCUUGUAUCACUAACCCUUGUAAGAAUGGUGGAACUUGUCACUUAAAGGAAGGAGAGAAAGACGGGUUUUGGUGUACCUGUGCAGAUGGGUUUGAAGGGGAUGCCUGUGAGGUAAAUAUAGAUGAUUGUGAAGACAACGACUGUGAGAAUAAUUCAAGUUGUGUAGAUGGGAUAAACAACUACACAUGCCUCUGUCCACGUGAUUACACAGCUGCUAAUCUGAAUGAGGUGGAAAAAGGGGAGCUGUGUGAGGAGAAAAUAGAUUUUUGUAAACCUGAUUUGAAUCCAUGCCAUCAUGACUCGAAGUGCAUCGUGACAGCUAAGGGAUACAAAUGUGAAUGCACACCUGGCUAUGUGGGUGAACACUGUGACAUUGAUUAUGAUGACUGCCAGGAACACAAGUGUAAAAACGGUGCUCAGUGCAAAGACACAACAAAUGGAUAUGUGUGUGUCUGUCCUGAAGGAUACAGUGGACUACUUUGUGACUUUUCUCAGCCGAUGGUUUUGCCUCGUACCAGUCCAUGUGACAACUUUGAGUGUCAAAAUGGGGCUGAGUGUAUUGUGAAGGGUAAUGAGCCCAUGUGCCAGUGCCUGCCAGAUUACCAGGGUGAUAAAUGUGAGAAACUGGUCAGUGUGAACUUUGUGAAAAGAGAAUCCUAUCUUCAAAUUCCACCGUACAAGGCCAACACUCAAGCUAACAUCACUCUCCAGAUUGCUACAGAUGAGGACAAUGGUGUUUUGCUUUACAAAGGCAAUGAAGACCAUAUUGCAGUGGAACUCUACCGUGGACGUGUACGUGUCAGCUAUGAUACAGGAGCUCAUCCAGCAUCAGCAAUUUACAGUGUUGAGACCAUUAAUGAUGGUAACUUCCAUAUUGUGGAGCUGUUUGCCAUAGAUCAAACUCUGUCCCUGUCAGUUGAUGGAGGAAGCCCAAAAAGCAUUACAAAUUUAGCUAAACAAUCAGCACUUAACGUGGAUUCACCACUCUAUGUUGGAGGUAUGCCUGGAAAGUCCAAUAUGGCAGCCCUCAGACAAGCUGACGGUCAGAAUGGCACAAGCUUUUAUGGAUGUAUAAGGAAUUUAUACAUUAACAAUGAACUACAGGACUUCAAAAAGGUCCCAAUGCAAGUAGGCAUUUUACCAGGAUGUGAGCCGUGUCAGAAACAAGUGUGCAUGCAUGGAAGCUGCCGUGCCACAAGUCAGUCGAGCUUCAUCUGUGACUGCGAAGUUGGAUGGACAGGAGCACUUUGUGAUCAGCAGACUAAUGAUCCCUGCAAAGGAAACAAAUGUAUACAUGGCACAUGUAUGCCCAUCAAUGCAUUCUCCUAUAGCUGUAAAUGCCAGCAGGGUUAUGUAGGAGUUUUGUGUGACACAGAAGAAGAACUAUUUAAUCCUUGUAACAUCAUUAAAUGCAAACAUGGGAAAUGCAGACUAUCUGGACUAGGAAAACCAUACUGCGAAUGUAAUAAUGGAUACACUGGGGAUACGUGUGACAGAGAAAUCUCUUGUCGAGGGGAAUGGAUCAGAGAUUACUAUCAGAAGCAGCAGGGGUAUGCCGCUUGCCAAACGAUCCAAAAAGUCUCGAGGUUAGACUGCAGGGGAGGGUGUUCCACUGGUCAGUGCUGUGGACCUCUAAGGAGCAAACGGCGGAAAUAUGUUUUUGAAUGCACUGAUGGAUCAUCAUUUGUGGAAGAAAUUGAGAAGGUGGUGAAGUGUGGCUGCAACAAAUGCCCCUCCUAAAUAGUUAUCAUGUUUGACCCUUUAAAACAGUAUGUACUUGUCAACAAUGCCACACUAAAUAAUGCUUGAUAGCAAAAAAAGAGAAAUAUAUUGUAAAAUACAGAACCAGCGUAUUUUUAUUGUAAGUAUCCAGAAUGUUUUUCUUCAUUUUUAAAGUUAAAAAUAGCUGGACUCACAUCUCACUUCAUAAAAACCUUGACAUUUACCAAGAAAUGGAGAAAUGGAACAACUACACAGAUAAGGGAAGGGAUAUUCUGACAAGAAGCUUAUCACUUUUAGCGUGGUGUAAUAUGGACAAUGGUAUACAUCUAAUGGAAAAUAAAUCAGUAUUAUGGAGCUAUGAAAUUCAGGUCAGCACUCAUGACAGAAGAAGUGAACAAAUGGCCAGUUUGUGCUUUACUGUCUCAGUAUAUCCCAGUAACAAUGUCUUCUGGAUAUGGAAAUAUGCACAGUAUGAUUCCCAGAGGCAUCCAGAGUGUGUUGUUUGGUAAUUAAUUCCAAGUUACAUCACCAAGAACAGUAUUUGGAAAAAGGGGUGGGGUGGGGCGGGAUUUGUUCGCUGGAAUGAACUGUUGAUUUUUUAAAACAUAGAAGAUUGUAUGAGAGGCUACUGUUUUUGUAUAAUGUAAUAGUGUAAAGAUGCUAACAAAAAUACACUUACUUAUUGGUUUAGAUUACCCUUUUUCCAGUAUUAAUGUUUUGUAAUAUAAAUGUCAAAUGGGAUUUCUAAGACAGACUGUCGAUGUAUGAAUUAGUGUUAUUGUUUAUUUGUGUUUUCUUUUCCAUUUUACAUGAAUCUGCAGUAUUCAGAUUAUCAAAUAUUUAUUAUUAUUGUUGUUAUCAGAAGGACUUUGUACCUAACAUUUUAGUUUGUCAAUGUCACUCCAUUUUCAGUUCUGUACUCUAUGAUUAAUUUAUAUUUAUCCUGAUAUUUUUUGUAUUUAAAAAUUAAAAUCAGGAUGUAUUGAAAUAGAAAAAAACUAACUUUAGAGAUGUAUCACCAAGUAAUUAGCUUUAUUGGGUUGCUUCUGUUUAAUAUCAGACCACUAGCACACUGACAGUACUAAAUUUUGAUUCAUACUCUUGCCUGCAGGUAUUGUAUAAUGGAAAUCAGUGUACAUUUUUGUAAAAUCUCCUCAGAACUUGUACUGUACCAGAGAAAGCUGCGUUUUUACUAGAUAUUAUUUGUAUAGCUAUAACUUCCCCUACAUGCUUACAGGAAUAAACAUGCUAUGUAGAACACAACUUUAGUAAAAUAUACCUCUUUUUAUGGUCAGAUAUUUGCUUGAUGCUCCUUAUCUUUUUAAUAGAGUGUACUAUCCAAAACUGUGACUUUUUUCUAAAUAAUAAAGCUAGUUUUGUUACCCCCAUGAUUCGUGUUAACAUGUUGCUGCUAAGUUUACAGUGUAGAACUGAUAAUAAUAUGUAGUAGGUGGUACUCUUUCUAAACAAAAAUGAGGAAGCCUGUACAAUGCAGCUUUAUUUCCAUUUUUUAUGAGAAAUUUAGAUGUACAUGUCUAAUGCUGUGUGCUUCAUCUCACUUUGACUGAUAUCAGUAAUACCACUGAUGUUUGUAAAUUAAACAUAUAUUUACUUUA